AAACUGCGCAUGGCUUCUGAUUCGUGGAAGCGUAUCGGGCGGAUCGGGGGGCCCUUGUCGUGGGCUGGGCAUGAUUGAUGGCUCCGUGGCUGAGCCCCGGUGCAUGCGUAGAGCAAGCCAUCAUCGUUGAGGAGACGAUUGCGUAGGGGAUAUCGUUUGCAUCGGGGAUAUCGGGGUUAUUGUUGACGUUUUGUAGAGAUUAUCAAGAGGUGACGGAAAUAGGACAGGGAAGACGACAGGGACAAAAAAGUAUAAUAGUUGGCUGUGAUCUUCUUCACUUCAUCGUUUGUCAUUCCAUCAACACUUCACUCUCGCUUCUUUUCCUUUUCAGCAUCUACUACUUCCUUUGUCUCUCUUACAAAAUGCGUCUCCACACAAUCUCAGAGGUUUUCUUCUUCUCUUCUCUCCUUUCAUUGGGCUCUGCUUUGCCCGCUGCCGACAAAGCUGGCGCCCCUUCUGCCAAGGCCCUCUACGAUAAAGUCGUCGGUGUUAUUGGUGGACAGUCCACUCUCGAUGCUUUGACCGGCUACUCAUUCCACGCUCCCUCAUUCCGUAGCACAACACUCACUCAAAACUAUGAACUUGCCCAUUCGGACCAGAGCGUCGCCGAGGCCGGCUCACAAAAUGUCUCCUUCAGCUUUGCCAACAACAUGUUGCAGCAGCGCAUAGACAGAACCUACCAAUUUGGUGCAUACUGGAUCUGGGCCUUCCCCGAACUCAACCCCGACAUGGACUUUUCUGUUGUCGUCCACUCUGGCGCCAACUCCACCGCAUGUUUCAACAAGGGCCGCAACUCAUUCUACGCCUUUGGCACAGUGAAGGCUCUGGGCUAUGCUGAUCCUCUCUUGACCAACUAUCUGGUCCACUCGGCCGAACAACUUGCUCUCCCAUAUUUGCUCCAGCAGUUCAGCAAGCGCACUUCCAAACUCGUCGCCGGAUCGACUACCGACAAGAUCCUUGGUAUGAAGUUUUCCACCCUUUACGACCCAGAGCUUGACCUGUCGCUGCUCAUCAACGAUGCCACUUCCCUGCCCUAUGCUGUUCGCGCCAAAGAGACGCACAAGAUCUUUGGCCCGUCUAACAGCGACAUUGUCUUUAGCAAUUUCACCCAGGUGCCGUUCCGGGGCAACUCGUCCAUCCAGCUCCCUCACCGUAUGCAAACCGUCUAUAACGAAGCCUUUGUUCUCGAAGACUUUACCGUGGACAAGUACACGCUCAAUCCCACGGUUGAAGCGAACUUCUUUGCUGCCGCCCCCCCUGCGGACGCCGAGAGCCCCAUGUACAUGGGCCCUGCCACAGAGUCCAAGGACGAGACUGUCUCAUCGGACAUUCACGAGUUCUACGAGGCCGGUCUUUGGGGCGGUGUUUUUGAGCAGCGCUUCAACGUUUCCCAUGUCGUUGCCCAGCCCGUCUUCCAAAACGGCUCUACCAAGAUCCAGGCCCUCUUUGUGGGAUACCCUGACUACGUGCAGCUUCUGGUAGAGCUUGACGAUGCUCUCAUCAUCACUGAUGCGCCGGCCCACCGCAGUAACAUCGUCAUUGAAUGGAUUGCGCAGAACAUGAAGGGCAAGAAGGUCACCCACGUCGUACCUUCGCAUCAUCACCGCGACCAUGCUGGCGGUGUCAACGAUUACUUGGCUGCUGGCGCUACUCUGGUCAUUCCUGAAGUCGCGAAGCACUUCUAUGAGAACAUCAACGGCGGGCACUUCAAGGCCCACACGUACAGUAAGGACAAGCCCUUUGUUCUGGAAGACAAGCACACGCGCUUCGAGUCGUUCUGGCAUGAGGACAGCUCGCAUGCACGUGAUUGGACCUAUGCGACAGCGUAUCCCAAGUGCCAGGGUGAUAAGGACUUUGUUGUGUACAAUGUCGACGUGGUGAACCCUGGUCCUGGGGCUGCACUCCGAACAGAUAUUGCUCAUGCUAGAGAAUUCUUGUUGAGCGCUAUUGCCGAUGGUAUUCCCAAGACUGCCACUCUUGUUGGCUCGCAUGGCAGCACAGCGCACGGACUCGGUACUCAGGAGUCGUUGGAGUACGUUGCCGAUUUGGCGGGCAUGGUUUAUCCUGAUAUCCAAGCUCGCCAGCACAAGUGCUAAUGGUUUGGAAGAGUUGGUUGAGUUUAAUUAGCAUACUUGUAAUUUGUAUAGAUUGUUUUGAAAUGAUAGAUGUUAUUUUCCAUUUCCUUGACAACCACCUUGCGUGC